ACUCCGAACUCCGUGGUGUCUUUUCGUCUGGUUUCUGCCAUUAUUUCCUUUCGAACCUUGUCAGUUCAGCCAUUUUUGGCCAAUUCUCCAAAAAAUUAAGAAUUCUUUAUAUUUAUUUUGAUGCAUUUGGUUUGAUACGAGUGCUCGUAAAGUUUACAUUUCCCUCUCUCAAUCUCAAGUAGACACUCGUAAGCUGUAAUCGAUUUUGGCGGGAAAAUUAAAAUCGAACGUGAAAUCAAAGGGCCAGAAAUUAGGGUUUAAGCAUCGUGGUUGUGAGACUGAAAAUGGAGGUCGCCGGAAGUAGAAAAACUAAGACAGGAGGACUGGAGGAGGAAAACAUCUUGGCCAUCAUCAGUGGCUCUGGUGCUAAAGACACUCAGGAAGCUAAUGAAGAUAGACUCGCUUUUCUUGAAGCGGUUCGUUCGAUUUCGAUUGUUUCGCAGAAUGGAACUCCACCAACCCACAAAAUGUUCCAGGAGGUCUUCAAGAUCCUAAGGUGUGGGAAAUCUUUGGAAUUGAUUAUGGCAAGUUAUCAGCUUUUGACCGAGUUAGAUAAGUCUUUUCCUCGUGUAUAUUUGGCCAAUGUACAAAAGUCACUGCCAGACACUAAUGCUACAUCCAAAUUGGUUGUGGUUGAUGAGGCUUGGUCGCCAUUUGAUCUCAGUCCGGAGUUUUCUAGUCACGGAAGAGAAGGUGAUAAAAACCAGGGGGGACCAGUAGACUCCUAUGAUUUUCAUUGCCUGAUACAAGACCUUGUUCAUGUGACUAAUGGAAUGAACUUUCAAAAGUCUGAUACAAAGUCCCUGAGAAACCUGUUAUUAUUUCAAUAUCUUGUCAACAUUCUUGAAGGUGAUUUUGUACCACGCAAUAGUGCAUAUGAAGGUCUCAUGAGCUGGGCACAUUUGAAAGAGUCUUUGCUUAACAUGCUUUUGGGAUCGCGUAAAAUAAACUACAAAAACUUGGUGAAGGAUUGUUUAACUAAUAUGUGUCAACUGUACCAGAGUUCUGUUGCAUUUAAUGAUGAUGAAAUACAUCCAGAAAUUUCUGAAGAAAAAUCAGCUAAAAAUUGUGAUACAGCUGUGAUAGUUGCUUUAUUUGAGGUUGGACAGAAUGCCUGCAUUGCUAUGCAAAAAUUUCUCACAAUUAUUAUGGAGCUAGAUACAUCUAAGAAGAAAGCUGAUAAGGAAGGUUCUACUACAAGAGCUGAUGGUGUCAGGACUCCGAUGGUGGAGCUCAUUGUAGAUGAGCUUACUUAUAAUAGGGAUAUUUUCCACCCUUUUCUUCAGGUAUACGAUGAACCUAAAUGGAAGCUUGAAAUUGUUGUGCAGUACUUUUGGAAAUAUGCGGGAAAGCCUUCUGUCCGUACUCGUAGGUCUAAUGGUUCUGUAGAUGAUACAACAUUUAGUGGAGCAUUGAAGUGCUUUUCAGAUAUCACCGGCACAAAAAGCGCUGUUAAAAGAAUUGGGACUGAAGUGAUUCAGUUACUCUUAGUACAUGGAUUUCAGGCUUAUUUGUCACUACCAUACAAAGAUUUCGAUGAAAGCAUCUCCGCUGCAAGUGGAGAAAGGACAAGCUACUCCCAAGUUGAAAUGUGCAAAAGCAUAAUUUCUGCUUUUGGAAAUCUGAGGGCAGCAGACAAGCACAUGGAGAUUACAUCGUUUGGAAAAGAAGCAUUGUUCACUGCAGCUACCAUUAUCUCAAUGGGGUCUUAGGAGUUUGGAAGCUUUUACUGCUAUACAUAUACAUAUAUAUAUAUAUAUAUAUAAAUAUGUUUCUGUAAGAUUUUAAAUGAAGAUUUUAAGCAAAUUGUAAUGCCUAGUGACUUGACCAAAUAGUCUCUCUUUAGAGACACUCUUAUGCAUCUAACUCCAUAGUUUCAUAAUUCCAUUUGUUCACGUUUAGAGAUAAAAAAAAAAAAGAGAGAUAUUGAAUUGGA